GUUUGUGCCUUGAGAUCUGCAAUUGCUCCAUUCUUUUCGAUCCCUCAAGGGACCUGGCUAGAGCUCUUCGAAGGCCAUACGAGGAAAUCCUCAUCGGGAGCGGUACGCUGCAGAGCCGUGUGAGACCCUCCUGCAUAUGGUCUUGCCUGCUCCUCGUUCCUUUUUGGAGGCUGAGGCCGUUUACGUCCCUUGCCAAAGAGGUCACGGACCUUCCUCACACCUGUGUUUCUCUCUCGUACCGAGUCGUCGACAUGCACAUGGUUAUAUAGUAGACGCCCGAGACCCUCGAGGUCAUGAGCCAUGUUGAUACUCGCAAUUCAUCCCGCUCAGCACCUUUACCCCUCAAUGAAUACUCUGACACCGUGAACUUGUAUCCUUUUCCUUGUUGCUCAUGUAGCAUCUACACUCGCUUAUUACAUGAUUUAGUAUC